CCAAGACCAUCGAUACAAGGCCACGGGUCUACUCCUCGUCGUAGAACAGUACCGCACCCACCUCCCAAGUCCCACGUAUUGUACACGGCAAAGCGAAGUACGAGACCCCCAAAACUCACGCACAGAAAACAAUCGGAUCGUCUCUCUGAAUCUGUCGCCGACAAUUUGCUAACCUGCGCCCAAAGCAUUUUCUCUCCUUCUCCGUCUCUCUUUCCAUCUCAGAUCUCGUACAGUCUUGCUCUUGCAUUUAUAUCUUCUACUUUUGGUUUUAUUGAGAGGAGAGAGAGAGAGAGAGAGGAAGAGAGAAAGACAGAGACAGAGACAGAGACAGAGACAGAGACCAAGAGAGGGAUCCAUUUUGUGGUUGUUGGGGGUUGGUGAUAAAUAGAUGGCUACAGCACCAGCAAGGGCUCGUGCCGAUUACGAUUACCUCAUCAAACUUCUCCUUAUUGGCGACAGUGGUGUGGGCAAGAGUUGUUUGCUUUUACGCUUUUCCGAUGGUUCCUUCACAACCAGUUUUAUUACCACCAUUGGCAUUGAUUUUAAGAUAAGAACCAUUGAGCUUGAUGGUAAAAGAAUUAAAUUGCAAAUCUGGGAUACAGCAGGUCAGGAGCGGUUUCGAACUAUUACUACAGCUUAUUACCGAGGAGCCAUGGGCAUUUUGCUGGUGUAUGAUGUUACUGAUGAGUCAUCUUUCAACAACAUUAGGAACUGGAUUCGCAACAUUGAGCAACAUGCAUCUGACAAUGUUAACAAAAUCUUGGUGGGGAACAAGGCUGACAUGGAUGAAAGCAAAAGGGCUGUGCCUACCUCUAAGGGUCAAGCUCUUGCUGAUGAGUAUGGCAUCAAGUUCUUUGAAACUAGUGCAAAGACAAAUAUGAAUGUGGAGGAGGUUUUCUUCUCAAUAGCAAGGGAUAUUAAGCGUAGGCUUGCAGAGACCGAUUCCAGGGCUGAGCUUCCAACCCUCAAGAUCAACAAAGCGGACCAGACGGACGGUGGUGGUCAAGCUGCUCAAAAGUCAAGUUGCUGUGGCUCAUAAAGGGAGAGCGUAGGGAUGUUCUGAUGGUGGUACUCAUUUGGGUGUUUAAGCAAUUCCGAUGACACUGUAGGGUGCAUGUAUCUUCCCCGGUGUUAUUCUUAUAAAGUACAACCAAGAUAUGAUGCCAUUCUAGUAGUCUUUUCUUUCCCCCCUUUAUUCUGUAACCCACCAUGUUGGGGCUUCGGAUAAUUGACUUAUUUUUUCUUGACUACUAGUCUUGCUUGUAGGUAGAUACUGAGCAUCAAGCUUUUUUUCUUACUAGAGAAAAAAUGCUUUGGUGUUCCUAUUUACACCUUUCGAAUUGAGACUACUAGAAUAUGUGUAUAUUUGACAUAGAAGCGUGGAAACCUGCCUUUGUAAAAAUAUUUGGCAAAAGUGUUCAAUUCAA